GCAAAUCAAGUGGGAGGGCCUGCCAUAGAUGAAGGGCAGUUCAAGCCAUUCUUAGGACACAAGGGCCGUGUCUAUGCUAUUGCGUACUCACCUGAUGGUAGAUGCAUUGCUAGUUGCUCGGAAGACAAAACCAUCCGAAUCUGGGAUAGUAAAUCAGGCAAACAAGAAGGGGAAACACUAGUCGGGCACACACAAGCGACCACCACCAUCUCCUACUCGCAGGACGGGAAGGUUCUCGUAUCUGGCGGUGACGAUGGUACUAUACGGUUUUGGGACAUGGGAAAUGGUCACAAACAAAUCGGAGAUCCCAUUACAACACACGAACCGUAUGUGCGGUCGGUCCAGUACUCGCCUAAUGGAAGGCUGUUAGCUAGCUCUGGCGGCGAUGGCAAGCUCGAGCUUUGGGACGUGACCUUGCGUAAACUUGUCGUCCAGCUGGAGGAACACGCUAGCGUCACCACGUGGACCAUCACCUGGUCACCGGAUGGAAAACGCAUCGCAGCCGGUUCAACCAACAACCAAAUUCGAGUCUUCGACGUAGCUAAGCGCCAGCUAGCGAUUCCCCCAAUUGACGCACAUAAGGGCUCUGUCAAUAUAUUGGCAUACUCACCUGACGGAUCCUUUCUUGCGAGCGGAUCUGACGACCAAAGCGUCCGAUUAUGGCGAGCAGACACCGGGAAGGCUGCCAGAUGUCCGUUCAGAGGGCACAAAAGCGUCGUUCUCGGGGUCGCGUGGUCCCCAGAUGGACAGCGUCUCGUCACUGGCGGUGCAAAACCUUGCCCGUAUGUAUGCGUCUGGGACGUACACAAAGGUCAAAUGCUAUUCAAUGGCCCUCUCAGGAUCCAUCGACACACGGACUGGAUCUGGGGGGUCACUUACUCUCCCGAUGGGGACUAUUUCGCAACAGCAGAUACCGAGGUCAGCCCAAUUCAAGUUUGGGACGCAAGAACGGGUAAAGCAUUGCUCCCUCUGAUAGUAGAAGAAGAAGAACGCAAACUUCGAGAACAGGAACAGGACGCUCUCAGCAAUGAUCAGCAUCAAUUUCACGACUCGGGAAAGAUGCGCACUGGAGGAACUAUCACGGCUGUUGCAUGGGGUUUGGACGGACAGCGCUUCAUGAGCGCUGAGGAGGAUAGAGGCAUUCAAAUUUGGGACGGGGAGACGGGUCUCCAGGUAGGCGAGGCCGUCAGGCACCAGAAAUCCGUCAGCGCAGUGUCCAUAUCCGGGGAUGGGACAGUGGCGAUUGCAUCAGACGACGCUACCAUCAGUAUCUUCGACAUCAAUUCUGGAGAGUUGUUAGCUGGGCCUCUAACGGGUCAUACCGACGCCAUCUUGACUUUAAGGUUGUCACUCGACGGCUCGCGGAUCGUUAGCGGAGGCAAAGACAAAACCAUCCGAUUUUGGCACAGCGACACUGGGAAAAUGGCGCACAUCAUUGAAGCACAUACAGCAUCCGUCUGCGCGCUCUCGCUCUCUAAGGCCGAAACAAAACUCGCGAGUGGGGCAGAGGAUAAUACCAUCUUGGUCUGGGAUUGGCAAACGUACGAACGCAUCGCUGGCCCGUUCUAUCACGACGACUGCGUUCGGGCAGUGUGCUUCUCUCCGGAUGGGAUGCGCCUACUGAGCGGCUCCGACGACUGUACCGCACGUGUUUGGGACAUUGCAAGUGGAAAAUCAGCGUUCGAUCCCAUGGACGUUCAUUCGGGCUCUGUCGGUGCUGUCGACUGGUCUAGCGAUGGUUUAAAGCUGCUGACCACCGGCGCUCAUGACUGGACAAUCUGCGUUUGGGACGCUACUACCGGCGCCAGGCUCCAUGAACCACUUGACGGUCACGACGGUGGGGUCAAGGCGGCCGUGUUCUCUCCUGAUUGUAAGCGUAUCCUCAGCGGCUCGAUGGACGGCACACUCUGUGUAUGGGAUGCAGUUACGGGACGUAUUCUCCUAGACAAAACUGAGCCAAACAAUCAGGAAGCAUCAGACGAUCGUAGUCAUAGUCCAGAUGAUCCGCAGGAAGGAAUAUCUACGGAAAGACGCGACAGGAUGCGACAGCAUUCGGACGAUAGCAUCAUGAACAUGCCGGCCACCAUCUCGCGUAAAAAUAAGCAAAGAAGUCAAGGCAGAGGUUUCUGGGACGAUGUAGAUCACGAAGGCGGACAUGGCACCGGAACUCAGAAGACCGACAAAAAGCGCCAGCGUAAACACGGUUGGCUGGGAAAUAUGUGGCGCUCUACGCAUAACUUUGAAUCGACUCCAACUCAGAAACAAAAUACCAAGCGCAAGGGAAAACAUACAGCUGGUGGUUCCGCCGAGGGCCAUGUCAUGCGACGCAUCCACCACGCUGAAGUUGAACGUGUGACUACCGCUCGCGACAAGUUGCGCGUACUCGCAGCAGGAGACAACCCACAUGCGCGACACAGCUCACAGGAAGAGCCGGAGUCGGAUGGAGGAAGUGAUUCGCCCAUCGACCCAACUGAUCCCAACCCUACUCAUGGUGAUGUCAGCAGUGAUGACGAAAGUGUUCAUGGUUUGGUUGACACUAUCUGUUUUUGUCUCUGCUUGCCGUGCUGCAAAUGAUGCUCGGGUCUGAGUGCGAUUGCCUAAAUCUAGUGCUUGAGGGGUGGUCUGUCUCCGUAGCUCUCACAUAUUUUUCUGUGCGCAUUGCCAUAACGAAACCUAGUUUAUAUGCAAUGUAGUAUGCGAAACAAUUGAUUUACUUCUCAUGUAAC